AUGGCAAGUUUCAAGGAACUCUCAAUGGGUGGAGUAGUCUUGAAUAAUUCGAGAAGAAAUUCAUCAAAGGAAAGAAAGAAGAAAGGUGAUGAAGAUGAUUUAGGGCUUAAAAGAAAACUCAAACUUUGGUUUGGUUGCAUGACACUGAUCUUGAGAUCAAAAGCAAAAGAUUCUGCGAGUGAUCACAAAUAUAAAGCAGAUGGAAUAGAGGAGAAAAUUAUUGAUCCCAUAUCAUCAACUCCAAGCAAUUCACCAAAUUUUCAUGGGCCUGGUGGAUCCAGCAUCACUACUCCUAUAGUAAUAAUUGAUGAAGAAAGCGUGGUUAAUCCAAAAAGUUUUACAUACAAACAGCUAAAGUUGGCAACAAAAAAUUUCAAGAGAGAGCAUUUUCUUGGUGAAGGAGGAUUUGGAAGUGUCUUCAAAGGAUGGCUUAGUAGAGAUGAUGCUAUGACUCCAACAAAACCUGGAAUGGGGAUUCCUGUUGCGAUUAAAUCUCUAAACCAAUUCGGUCUUCAAGGCCAUCAAGAAUGGCUCGCUGAAGUAAACUAUCUGAGUCAGCUAAAGCACCCAAAUUUAGUGAAACUAAUUGGAUUUUGCAAUGAAGAUGAUAAGAUGCUGCUUGUUUAUGAGUUCAUGCCUCGUGGAAGCCUUGAAUCCCAUCUCUUUAGGAGAGCUGUGGUGUUUCCAUGGUCCAUCAGAGUGAGAAUAAUGCUUGAUGCUGCAAAGGGACUUGCAUAUCUUCAUGAGAAGACUCAGAAUAAGAAUGCAGUUAUUUUUCGAGACUUCAAGACUUCUAAUAUUCUCUUGGACAAGGAGUUCCAUGCAAAGCUAUCGGACUUUGGUUUUGCAAGGGAUGGACCUGAGGGAGAUAAAACUCACAUAUCAACUAGAGUCAUGGGAACCCAUGGCUAUGCUGCCCCAGAAUAUGUCAUGAAUGGGCACUUGAGUGCGAAGAGUGAUGUGUAUAGUUUUGGAGUGGUGAUGCUGGAGAUGGUGACAGGAAGGAAGGUGAUAGACAGACAAAGGGCACAUAGUGAGAUGAACUUGGUGAGAUGGGCACUGCCCUUAAUAAGGGACAAUGGAAGGAACAGCCAUAUACUCCUCAUUGACCCAAGGCUUUAUGGCCAUUACUCUGCAAAGGCUUCCCUUAAGGCACUUAAGUUGGCCUCUCGCUGCCUCCGCUUCAACCCUUCCAUGAGACCUACCAUGGAUUCAGUUGUUCAAUCCAUCAUCAACUUCCCUCAAGAAGCCUCACCUCUUCCAAUUCCUCCUCCUCCUCCUCCUCCUCCUCCUCGUCUUAAUACUAACUCCAACAAGUAUGGUCUUGUUUCUUCUGCUUCUGCUUCCAGGACCAGCGUGCCCACUCGCUUUCAGGCUUCGCCGUGCCACCUCAACCACCACCACCAAGCUCAUGUUGCUUCAACUUCAUCAACACCAGCAAGGCCUAAUGUUGCAAUUGAUCAAAGACGUUGA